AUGGGGGCCCACAUCUCCGAUGCUAACUGUACAGUGGACAGCCUUCUGGGCCUGGCUUACUGUCCCUUGUUUGUCCUGGGGUUGCUUGUCAAUGCUGCAGCUCUGUGUGCUUUCAUACAGCAGGAAUCUUGGACAGACACCCACAUCUACAUGUUCAACCUGGUUAUAGCUGACUCUUCCCUCAUAAUCUGUCUUCCCUUUAGGAUCUACCAUUCUUUCUUCUGCUUGGACAAGACUCAUUGGUGUACUUUUUUUAUUUCCACACAUUUCAUUAACAUGUAUGCCAGCAUUAUGACCUCAAUGGCCAUCAGCAUCCAUCGCUACUUGGUUGUAAGCUUUCCAUUGCAGGUGAGGUCAUGGAGAAAAAAGAAGGAGACAGCCUUCGCUGUGUGUUUGCUCAUUUGGGGAUCUUUGGUGACAACAGCCAUUGUAUACCGAGAGGAGAAUUACCCUCACAAACUCUGGACAUGCUUUGAAAGAUGUAAGGAUCAACCUCUUCGUUUAAACUUUAUUGUGAUUCUGCUACUUCUCGGCUUCAUAGCUCCGUUGUUGACAGUCGUGUUUUGUUCAAGUCGAAUUAUCUGUAUUCUGUUAAAGACAGAGGGUGGUGCCUCAUCACCGCUGCAAAGAAACAUUGUUGGCAUAGUAACAGCAAAUAUGCUCGUGUUCAUUGGCUGUUACACGCCAAUCCAUGUUGGCUUUCUGGUGAACUACUUUUACAAUGCACCUGCAAACUGGCAGUUUAUACGCCUACCUGUACAUGAAUAUUUACGUGUGUCGGAGUGGAUUGCAUCAUCAAACUGCUGCUUCGAUUCAGUUGGCUAUUAUUUCUUACUGAAAAAGGUUUAUCCCUAAGUCACUGAACGAAGAAGAGUUGCCGCUGUUACUCUGGAUAGCACUUGUUCAAUUGCCCACAAUGGAAGCUACAGUACAGAGUAUGUAAGCCCAAAAAUAUUCAUACCCUGACCAUUUUUUUUUUUUUUUUUAUCUGUUCAUAAGCAUCUUCUUGCUGGAAAUGA